CCGGAUCAAAAUCAAUUUUUACGUGCACGAACCAUCUAAUCAGUUAAAUUAUCUUUGAAAUUGGUCGAUAAAAUUGUAGUUUAGAGCCGUUUUUAUUCGAAAUUUUGAUCUCGGCGCCAGGCUUCAAACCCAAACAAUUGCCAAUAAGCCCGUUGCCAACCCACAAAUCCGAAAGUCCCUCGAGUUGUCAAGUGAAAAGUUGUCUUCGAAGUUCGCUGGAGAGGUCAGGGGCAGAAGAGGAUUACCAUGGCGUUAUCAAGGCUCUACAGCAGUCGCGUGACUGGGAGCGCAAAAGCCGCGUUGAAUCUCUACCGGAAAUCUCUCCAUUCUCAAAUAGCCCUAAUGUCGGACUUCCGCAUCGAAAAGGACACUUUCGGCGAGCUCAAAGUGCCCUCUGACAAGUACUAUGGGGCCCAAACCCUGCGAUCCGUCAUGAACUUCCCCAUCGGGGGCGAAUUCGAGCGCAUGCCGUACCCCGUUAUAACGGCCAUGGGGGUCUUGAAAAAAGCCGCCGCCACCGUCAACAAAGACUACGGUCUCGACCCCAAAAUCUCCGACGCGAUUUGCAAAGCCGCUGACGAAGUCAUCUCCGGCAAGCUCUACUGCGACCAUUUCCCCCUCGUCAUUUGGCAAACGGGCUCCGGCACCCAAACCAACAUGAACACGAACGAAGUGAUCAGUAAUCGAGCUAUUGAAAUAAUGGGCGGAAAACUCGGCUCCAAGGACCCGGUGCACCCCAACGACCACGUCAACAAGAGCCAGAGCAGCAACGACACCUUCCCCACAGCCAUGCACAUUGCCGUGGCGGUGGAAAUCCAAAACACGCUCCUGCCUGGCCUCAAAAUGCUAACAAAUAGUCUCGAUAAGAAAGCGCAGGAGUUUAAGGAUAUCAUCAAAAUCGGGCGCACGCACACCCAGGACGCCGUCCCCCUGACUCUGGGGCAGGAAUUCAGCGGCUAUGUCCAGCAGAUGAAGUUCGGGAUUGAUCGAAUUAACGAUACUUUGCCCAGGCUGUACAUGCUGGCUUUGGGGGGCACAGCUGUGGGGACGGGGCUCAAUACCCGGAAAGGGUUCGCCGAGAAAUGUGCCGCCGAAAUUUCAAAACUGACAGGAUUGCCCUUCACUUCAGCACCGAAUAAGUUUGAGGCUUUGGCCGCUCAUGACGCCCUGGUUGAGGUCUCGGGGGCGCUCAAUGUGGUCGCUUGCUCGAUUAUGAAAAUUGCAAACGAUAUUAGGUUUUUGGCGUCUGGCCCUCGCUGCGGCUUGGGCGAGCUGUCGCUGCCUGAGAACGAACCCGGCAGCUCCAUCAUGCCGGGCAAAGUGAACCCAACCCAGUGCGAAGCCAUCACCAUGGUGGCCGCCCAGGUGAUGGGUAACCACGUGGCUGUGACCAUUGGUGGUUCGAACGGUCAUUUCGAAUUGAACGUUUUUAAGCCCAUGAUGGUAGCCAAUGUUUUACGAUCAAUCCGUUUGUUGGGAGAUUCCAGCAAAGCUUUCACAACCAAUUGUGUAGAUGGCAUUGUAGCCAACAAAGACCGAAUCGAUAAGCUUUUGCACGAGAGUUUGAUGUUGGUCACGGCUCUUAACCCACACAUUGGCUACGACAAGGCGGCCCAAAUUGCCAAAACGGCGCACAAGGAGAACAGCACUUUGAAGGAAACGGCGAUCAAGUUGGGGAUUUUGACCGAGGAACAGUUCAAAGAAUGGGUCAAACCUGAGGAGAUGUUGGGCCCUAAAUAAGAGCCCCCAGUGUUUUUGUUUGUUUGUUAAUUUUUUUGUAAAUAAAUCAGUAUUUUAAAUA